AUGGAUACCCUUAUAAAAAUUAAAAUGUUGAGGGGCAGUUCCUAUAAAGACAAAAUAUCACGAGAAAAACUAAAAGACUUGUCAAACUGUAUUAAUCUAUCUGAUUCGUAUUUAUUGACGAAUUGUGGCGUAAACAGAUUUGUUUAUCAUCAAAUCUUAAGGAUAUUAGAACCAGUUGUGCCAAAAACACAACGCUGUAACGGUAUACCAUUCCCCAUAAAGGUGCUAGUGACACUCUCAUUUCUAGCCAAUGGUUCCCAUCAGAAAUCCGUUAGCAAAGAUUUCAAUUUACACAUAUCCCAAAAGUCUGUUAGUAGAGUCAUAAAAAUAAUAAUUGAAGGAUUUAACAUGUUGCUAGAUAAAUAUGUUGUAUUCCCCACUAUGCCUAUUCAGAGGGAACAAAUAAAGGAAGGGUUUUACAGAAAAUAUCACUUUCCUGGAACUUAUGGAUGUAUUGAUGGCACUUAUGUUGAAAUAGUUUGCCCUAGAGAUGAUGAAGAGGCAUUCUUUGAUAGAAAGGGGCAGUAUUCAAUACAUGCACAAAUAGUGAGUGAUGCUAAUUCAAAGAUACUUGCAAUCUGUUGUCGAUUUGGUGGUGCAGCUAGCAAUGCUUAUAUUUGGAAUAAUAUGAAUAUAAGGCCUUUUGUGGAAUAUAUUAGUAAACAAGGAGAGACAGGCUGGCUAGUGGCUGAUAAUAAGUACCCUCAGCGAGGAUGGCUCAUGACACCAAUACCACAUGCACUGCAUGGGUCUCCAGAAUGGCAAUAUAACUAUUUUCUUGGACGCACAAAAUCAUGUAUUGAUAGAUGCAUUGGUAAACUGAAGGGCCGAUGGCAAUGUCUACAUCGAAGGCCAUUGCAUUACACACCUCAGAGAGCUGCAAAGAUCAUCAAUGCAUGUGCUAUCCUGCAUAAUUUAUGCAUAGGAGCAAAUUUAUCUGAUCCAGACAUUUUUAUUAGUACAGAACCAACAUAUUCAUUAAAUGAGACAACAGAAAUGUCUGAUGAUAAUGUAAAUGACCUCUACUCAGGCCUAGAAGUCAGAAAACAACUUGCAGAGAGAAUUUAUUAUAAUUUAUAA